UCUUUAGACUGUCAUCUGAAAUUCAAAUAGACGUGUGGAGGAGGCACGGCAGAGCGGAGUCACGGGGGACCUUCCUUUACUCGGAAGCAGUAACACAUGAGGGAAAAUAAACAUAAGGAAGGAGGAGGAAGCGGCUGCGAUGUGCGUGCGUGCGUUCUGAUCAUGGAAGAAGUUUUUGGGACACUUUGCGUUUUGGGAUAGCUUCUGUUUUAAUAUAUUAGGAGAUACGAAUUGGGGAAAUAAAUGAACGCCGGAGUUAUCCGUGAAAUUGUAGCCCCUCUGGCAAAGAACUGCCAUACCUUCAUCAUCAGUGUAACAGGUUUUCUACACAACUGUCCAGAUGGGUUGCAGUUGCUGUAGGAUGAUAAAAAGUUACAUCUAUGACCCCUCAGCUCCUGUAGAAGUUCCUGGUCAGAAGCGGGACCCCACCAGCAGCUGUCUGUAUCAAUCUCACAGAUUCCCAGAGGAGGUGGACCACAUUCACAAGAAACAGGGCUUCCACAACCUGGCAUACAGCAACCAACCCAGUCCGACCAAACUCGACAUAGACAACAACCACAUCAACCGGCUCCAUGCUAACAUUCCAGGCGAGCAGAUACGAUCGAGCCCAGCAGAGGGUGACCCGAGUCUUUACAUCCUCCAGCCCGAGGGCGAGGGGACACCCAUAAAAGCCGCUUCUACCUUACGCACCAACCCACCCAUACAGAACGAUUCGUUGUUGGGAACGGAACCGGGCAAGCGAGAGAACAGAUUUCGAGACUCUGGGCUGGGCGGCGGAGGGAUAACAGAUGGGACAGAGGGAUCGGAUGGAUAUCCCUAUGGACAGGAGGAUGAAGAUGGGGACAGGAAGAGCAGGCUGGCUGUUACUCCAGACACGGCCGAUGAGGAGAGUGUGCUGUCUGUGGACAUACACACCAGCAGUACGAGCCUCUCCUCAGCAGACACAAAUCUCAUGGUAGAGGACAGAGAAAAGGAAGAACCCUCGAUCGUGAGAGGAGAGCAAGAGAGAGAGAAAGAGAUCGAUUGUGUGAGCGUUACAGACUCAAUGGUGGCAGAGGCCUUGGCCGCUCUUGAUGCUGCAACUGCGGGAGAGGAUUCUGAGUGACGGUCAGGUGACACACUAGUUAAUGGUGACUACAAGGGAGAUUUCCAUACUCACUCUCUCACUCACCCUUCAUAUUUGAAUACAGCCAAAUAAUAGUGCUCAUGAAAUGAAGCUUUCCUGCAACCUGUCUGUAGGUACUUUUAUUUUGAAUGGGAAAAAAAUCUAAUGAAGACUUGAUAACAGGAAGUGCUGGUUGUUUACACAACAAAAACUGACCACUUAUGAGACUUACUUGAGCAAAUGAAGGUCAUGGACAAAUUCAAUUCUCAGACCAAACAGAAAGUACUGUUGCGUGAUUUUCCUCAGUGCUGUUUUGUACACGGCAUCAUAAUGAAAUAAGCUCUGUUUCUUAUCGUCAAAUAUUAUUUCUGCUCCAUAACAUAAUGAAAGUACUCUUCUUCUGUAGCGUCUGUUUGGAGGUGGGGCUAAAACAAUCUAAGCACUACAUAACUAUUUUCAUACAUUUUCUAUACAAAGAGGUGGUGAAAAACAAAUAAGCCAGUGUCCUGGUGUGGGGUUACUUCUGUGCUUAUUGUACUUUUAGAGACGUUAUAAGAUUAUAUGAUCAAACUGCUCUAUACAGUGAAAUCAAGUUAAUUCAGUCUCAACAGAUCAAUAUGCUAUUUCUUGCUUGUUACACUGUGAAUAAAUCAUCAGUACCCUCAUAGAGCUGUAGGACGACGUGCUUUAUUUUUACACAUAAAUGUACAGCAAGAAUUGUGGGUGAAUCUCAUGAAAACAUAUUUCAACCUAAAAUAAAAAAGGAAAUUA